CCGGGGGCCCCUAGCUGAGUGUACGUGCAGAGAGGGUGACAGGACACCUGCAGUACCCCCAGCAGCCAGCAGGGGGCAUCACAGCGGGAUGAUGUCCCACCCCCCCAGUCUGGCAUUGGAGCCCAUGUGAGCCAACCCCCCACAACGAUGGCCAAGCGGCUCCUGGUGACCUACGCCCUGUGGGCGCUGGGGGGCCCCGUUGGGCUGCACCACGUCUACCUGGGCCGGGACAGCCACGCCCUGCUGUGGAUGCUGACCCUGGGGGGCUUCGGGGUGGGCUGGCUCUGGGAGUUUUGGCAGCUCCCCGGCUGGGUGGCACACGCCAAUGACACCCGGGAGCCACAGCCCUGUGGCCCGGAGCCCCCGGCCCUCAGCCCCAUGCGCUUCUUCAGCCAGGUCCUGGUGGGGAUUUACUUCGGACUCGUGGCACUCAUCGGCCUCUCCUCCCUGGCUGGCUUCUACCUGCUGGCCCUGCCACUGGCCGUGGGCCUGGGGGUGCAUGUGGUGUCCAGUGUGGGCAACCAGACCUCGGAUCUCAAGAGCACUUUGGUGGCGGCCUUCCUCACCUCCCCUGUCUUCUAUGGCCGCGCCCUGGCCAUCCUGCCCAUCAGCCUGAUGGCCAGUGUGACCGCCCAGCAGUGCCGGCGCUACAAGCCCUGCCGGGGCACCAGCAAGACAAUGCGCGCCCGGCUGUACCACCUGGGCCUGGCCUACCUGGCCUUUACCACCCCGCUGGCCUACUGCACCUUCUGCAACACAGCUGCCACCGCCCGCUACGUAGCUGAUGCCAUUGGCACCGUCUUGGAUUGGCUCAAUUUCUUCCCGACCCUGGGCAGCUUCCUGGAGCAGCUCCUCCUCCUGCCCUACCGUGCCUGGAGGCUGCUGACGGAGGAUGCAGGCUUCUGGGCCGGCUCCUUCCAGGAGUGGGAGAAGGUCUAUGAGUUUGUGCAGAGCUUCCAGAGUGAACGGCAGCAGCUGGCGUACAAGGUCUUGGGCCUCCGGGAUGGUGCCCCCGUGGAGGAGAUUCACAAGAGUUACCGGGACCUGGUGAAGCUUUGGCAUCCAGAUCACAACCGCCACCGGGCGGAGGAGGCCGAGAGACGGUUCAUCGAGGUGCAGGCGGCCUACGAGAGCCUCGUGCAGCCGAGGAAAGCCAAACCCGCAUGACGGGCAGCAGGCCUGGUGGGGGAGGCCCAGCUGCUGCGCCCCUCCCACGGCUUUGCAAUAGAGUCUUUGAGAAUGUGUCUGCUUUCCUCCCACCCCCCAGCACUGCUCUGGGAAGGGCAUGAGAACCAGGAAGUGAAACUGACCAGGCUAGCUUUGCGCUCACAAGCAGAGUGAAAUGCAAAACAGGGAGCCA